AGCUCAGUCGUGUUCUGCCACAAUCCCAAGAAACUUGGUCCCCUCUUAACGAGAGAUUACGACGUUUUUUGUUAUUUAUAGCGGUCAUUUCAUCUCAUCGUCAUAAGUGUGGAAUGUAGCUGGAAGAGGGAUAAUUGCCUACCUGCUGGAUAUAUGGACAUACAUACGCAGAUAUACUGCACAUGGUGGUGACUUUACAGUGGUGGCAGUAAAAUAGGAUACAUACACUUGAGCAGUUGUUUGUGAAGAAGGGACUUAUGGAGGAAAGUCUUCUAUCUGCGGAUUAGAUUAUUACACGAAUAUUACGUGCGCCUACCUGAGUCUGAGACAACCCUUCUCGGCUUUUUGUGUCUCAAGUGCUGUAUGCAUAGCGCUAUUCCACGCAUGUAUCUGCCCAUUGUGCUUUUGUGUGGGUAGCAUGUAGUUAAUAUUCGUAUAAGGAUCCAUGCCAUGUCUUGAACCGACGAGUUAAGAAUACCCUCCGUCUCUGGAGUCCUUAAUAAUGUAAUAUUACGACUCGACUCACCUGUUGCAGUAGGAUCACAGCAUAAAGAAAUACCGGCUAUUGUAUGUGUGCACAAGAAAAGAGGGCACGGAUGCUGAUACACUCUCUCUAUUUCUACUUCUUCUACGGUUUCACUUAAUGGCUACUUAAGAAAAUAAAUACAGUAUUUAUUCUGGACUCGGCUGGACAAGUGAAAGUUUGUGUCCUCGAGGCUAACCAAACAAUUGCACCAUAAUCGCCUGCUCGACUAGGUGCGAAGACCAUGAACGAGUAAUAGAAAAUAUUUGGAAUAUUGGGAGAAGAUAAUUGUGACAAUUCUAGCGACUAUUAAUUGCAAUCCACAAUUUAAAAUCAUGGAUAUGGGUAGAAUUUCUAGGGUCUCAGACUCCCCUGUACGAAAGAGACUGAUUUCGAAAUUUAGUGGGACAAGAAAGUCCCACAAUUCAAUCUUCAGUUAUACUAACAUUGGUGUUUUAAUUUGUGUAUAUAUAAUUUGUGCGGGUGACCUGUGUCAUUCUGUGGUGGGUCAAGAAGCCACUUUGACAAGCGACACUAGUGACCAUUUUAAUAAGUCCACCGCAUGUGUUUGUGGUGUCGAUCGAGUGCCAUGCGCGAAAAGUCUCACCUCUUCGGAUUGUCCAAAUGGACGUGUUAUAUCCAGGAGAGAUUGUCCUUGUUGCUUCGUAUGUGCCAAACAGCUCACGGAUGAAUGUAACAAUGAGGAACUGCUCUGUGAUGCGGAUUAUGGCCUAGAAUGUGGGUCAGAUAAGCAUUGCAAAGCAAAAACUCAAUGCAGUGAUGACACCAGCUGCCUAAAUGACCAAAUGUGCGUCGGAGGAGCUUGUGCGGAUGCUUGUAAGGUGUUGCCCGAUGUGUGCAAGGAAACAAACAUGACGAACGGAAUUUGUGUCGCGAGAAACCAUCGAGCCCUUUGUACGUGUUCGCCUGGAACAACUUUGAAUUCGGAAAAGGUGUGCAGUGCAGCGGAAGCAGAAGUAAUUGAAGGUAAAAAAUGUGAGAUUGAAACUCGCCAAAUCAACUCUGGAGAAACCACAUUCACUCACAAAUGCCAAAAAUCUUGCAAAUGUGAAACAUCCGGUGAACUUUCCUGUCAAGACUCUCCAACGACCCCAGUCUGCCAAAAGGAUUUUAUUCCCAUGUCCAACAUCACCGGAGAAAUGAGCGAUGCAUGCAAAAUCCUGAUUGGAAACGACGCCCUAUUUGAUGGGUGUUGUGUUCCACAACAAUGCCAAGUUAUCAAACCCCAAGAUCAUACCCACCACUCCACUGUCGGCGACGAUGUCAAAGGGGGCCGCGACUUUAAGCUGACAGAGUCGCACAACAAUUUGGGUGAAGAUGAUAAGUCAAAAUUAAAGAUUGAGUCGACAAAGGAUGGAGGAGAUGGAUCGAGCAGCAGCUCUUCGUCCGCUGCUUUUCUCAACAAUGAGUUAUUGAAAACGGAAACCAAAGAAGCGGACGGGCCAGGAAGCAUGCAAGUCACGGUGCUGAAACGGAGCGACCAUUCAGCCGUGAUUAAGUUGCCCAAGAACGACAAGGAGGCAAUUCUCUCGAUCGCUUUGUCGAACGAACUUGCACAGAGGCCAGGAAGCGAUGGGGUGUGGAAAGAACACAGGAUUCCCCCCGGUCUUCCACAAAUCACCCUCUCAACCCUCCUGCCCAACACUUCCUACACCCUCAAAUACGCCGUGGACGCGAAGGAGUACCCGUCCGUCCAAUUUAUUACGGAUGCAAGUCCUCAAAAUCCAUCGUCAUCAACGGAAAAUACCUCAAAUGAAUCAUCCGAAUUAUCAGCUGAAACGGAAAUGGACGCUGCCCACCCCACUUCAAGUAGUUCCACUGAGCAGGAAGUGGCGGCCGCUCCAACAAUCAUCCCAGUAUCAGCAGUGGGUGUAACUGAAAUUGAGACAACAGUUCACCCCGUGUCUUCCGUUGGUUGUCUGUACAAUGGAACGUCUUAUGAACUUGGAGAAAUUUUUCACAUUGGGUGUGACGAACGUUGCGAAUGUCUGAAAAAUGGUGAAGUCAAAUGCAUGGAACGGUGCAGUAUCCCACUUUUCAAAAAAGGAGCUUUCUCUCACGAUAAAAUGUGCUUCGAGGAACCAUCCGGAGUUGAUGAUUGUUGUGUUCUAAUCGCUUGUGCAAGAGCUCAUCCACACGGUCGAACGGAGGAAUCAGGACGUGAAAUUGUGGCAAUAAUUCCGCAACCCUGCGACUCUGUUAAAUGUGGACCUAACGCUCAUUGUCUGGGCCCUGCGACCGGACUUCUCUCUGAUGAAGAACAACAAACAAAUCAAACUCUUUGUGUUUGUAAUGAGGGACAAAUUGGAGAUCCAUACGACGAAGUCCAUGGGUGCCAGUCGGGCGUGACUCCCACAAGUGCAACUGAGGUUUCUUCUUCAUCUACAUCCACAUCUCUUCCAACGACGCCAACGUCCACCUCAACCCAGAAGGUGGAUGGUUGUGUAUUCAAAAAUAAGACAUAUACAUAUGGAGAAGAGCAUUUUGACGAUUGCAGCUACAAAUGCAGAUGUGAAACCUCGGGAGAAUUUCUUUGUGUGCCAAGGUGCAAUUACCGGAGAGACGAGGAAAAGGAAAUUCCGCUGGGAUGCGAAAUAAAAAAGGACCCCUCGGACUUGGAGUGUUGCGAAAUGCUGGUGUGCCAGGGGGAACCCUUACAGUCUGGAAGUAGAAAAGAUAGCCCCACUGUUCCAACAGAUGGAUGCCUCUACAAAAACACUACUUACGCCAAGGAUGAGAAAUUUUAUGAUGGAUGUAUCCAGCAGUGCAUGUGUUUCAGCAAUGGGGAUGUUACCUGUCAGCCGAGAUGCCCACCAGCAGCAACUAACUCGAGUGGGGAUGAUUGCGUGACACUGCCAGAUCCGAGUGACAAAUGCUGCAUGGUCACAGUAUGUGGCAAUUCAACCCUAAGCGAUGUCAUGAAAGAUGCCACCACCACUGCAGCUACACUAAUGGAUUAUUCCACUACAAUUGUUCCAGCACAAGGCGAAGGUAGAUCGUCAGUCUCAGAGGCCCCCACCGUCAGACCUUCGUAUUCCCUUCGAAUAUCUCUCAUUCAUCCGUUGAAUGAGUCCACCAUCAUGGUAGCUGUUCGAAUAAGCGAUGCGGAAUUGAGUGUAUUAGCCGAUGAAUCCAUCACCAUUCAGUACAGCACUGAUACAAAGCUAUGGAAAAAUGUAACUUCUAAAGUCAAGGAUGCCAUUAAAACAGCUCGUUCAGAGAUCACUCUACCAGUUUCCAACCUUGAUCGAAACACAGAAUACCAUUUCAAGGCAAAUAUUGGAAAUGUUGAGAGCAAUAUUGCGGCAGGAUUUACGAAAUUUGACGACUCAUUGGGAAGUUUGGAAGAUGGUGAAUUUCUGAGUUCUGAAUUUGGAGAAAGUCCAGAAGAGAUGGACGCUACAACGGAAGAUGACCCUGCUAGUAUUACACCUGCUGAGAAGCUCCCUUGUAUGCAUAAAGAUAAAAGCUAUGCGUUUGGCGAAGAAUUUUUUGAUACAUGCGAAGCCUACUGCACUUGUCAACGUGGAGGAAAAAUGAAAUGUGUCGAAAUUGAUUGUCCCGUGGAUGGUUUGGAUUUAUUGGAUGAUUCGUGCGUUAAAUGGGAACCAGAUCCAAAGUUCAAGAAGGAACCUCCAAAUUGUUGCUCUCAAAUGCGUUGUGUGCAGCAUUCCAGUUGCAUGGUCGAAGGUGGGAUCAUGAUUAGGAAUUUUGACGAGAUCCCGCAAAAGAUAACCGGGUGUGAUAAGCGGUGCUAUUGCGAAUUUGGUAACGUGACCUGUCAAAGCCUCUGCCCCGUCAUGACCGACCAACCACCUGCGAAUCUGCCUUGCCCAAAGCAAUUUGCUGCUGUUAUGACUAUGCCCGAAAAUGAGUGUUGUUACCAAUGGUCCUGCAGAAUGCCACAAAUUCCUCAACAUCACCUUCACAAUUUGAGCGAAUUAAACGGAUCCAAAAAUGCAUUGGUACCUUCGUCUGAAACGCUUAAUAAGACAGCCGCUGUUCCACCCACCCCAAUACGACACGACGCUAAUGCUAACACCACACAACUUAAUAACGGCCCUACAGCACCCAAUUUCCCAUUGCAUCCACCACCAAACCUCCCUUCACAGCACGACCCCCACCAGCGUCCUUCCACUGCUGGCAACCAACCCACGCUUGUUCACCUGGACAAAAUUAACCCACACCAGAUCCAAGAGUUACUUCAUCACUUGGCAACUCUCGGAGAGGAUGGCGGGCUUCCAUCGGACCAGAUUCAUGGGGGAGGAGUGGACCGUGAGCCACAGCCACCCCCACCGUCGUCCAACACUGGCACAUUUGUUCAAGUUCAAACUGCUCACCAAGUGAGAGAGCUGGAGAAGGAAUUGGGGGCCAAAUUUGUGGAGCGAGCAGAGGACGGAAGUUAUAUUGUACUAAUUCCAAAUUCAGAACUUGGGGAUGACGAUGACCAAAACUACCCUGAUCAGGUGGGGCAGUUCCCACCUCAUGGUCAGGGACCUCCUCCGCAUUUCUCACACGCACCUCCCUCCCGGUUCCCAGGUCAAGGUGGUCACCAAUUUCCAUUUGGCCUGAAUCCAUUCCAACAGGGACCACCACAUGGAAUGCAUCGUGACCGAACAAAAGUAGCGAAUAUCGUUAUUCAUCCGUUGAACGAAUCGACCCUACAAAUCGACUUUACCGUUUCCCCAAUACUUGUCGGCCUUCAAGGACAUGUCGAAGUUCUUUACACAAGCGAAUUUGAGCACAAAUCAAAUCCUGCUCAGUGGGAAAGGAAAGUCUUCCAACAAGCUGAGGAUCUCAUUGACAACACUCAUCUGCAAUUAUUCCUAACUAACCUUAAACCGGACACAGAGUACCACGUGCAAAUAAAAGUGGUGGUUGUUCAGUCGGAUAUUGGAUCAACCAGCGACAUUAUGAUUGCACGGACCCCUCCCAUACCCAUUCCAACAACUACUCUCCCACCUGAAAUUAUUGUUGAUCCUGAAGUACAAUUGAGAUCAACUGCGAGCAACUCCAUUACUCUUCAUUGGCGAAAAUUUACCGAUUUCGAAAAAAAUCUUGUCGAUGGAGUGCAAAUCGCGUAUAAAGCUAGCGAUGACAAGGUUUAUUCGACGACCCCCUUAAUUCAUCGUUCAUUGAGUGAAUUCGAGUUGGAAAAUUUGCAACCAGACAAAGAAUACGAAGUUAAAAUUUUAUUUAUUCCAUUUGAUUCUAAUCAAACAACGGUUUUGAAAUCUGAGAAACCCAUCUUUGUACGCACCACAAAAACCGAAGAUGAAUAUUCCUUCAACAUUGCUAUUUCGCAUGCAAAAAUCACUGAAACGUCUGUUGAGAUAAAUAUUGAAGGAGUUCCGCAUCCUGAGGAUAAAUUCAUAAAUAUCUAUCAAGUCAUUUACAUGAGCGACCAGAAGCAGGAACAAAAGGACUAUUUUAAGGUCCCUAAACGAGAGACGAGCAAAAAAGCCACGCUUACUGAUCUCAAACCCGCAACCAACUACACAUUAUGGUUGGAAGCAUUCUUAUCCAAUGGGAAAAAGAAGAGAUCGAAUGUGAUUUCUAUUCAGACAAAGGCUGGACAACUACCCAGGCCCGAAGAACAAGAAAACCAUCCAGAUAAUUUGCAAACCUCCGACCAAGUAAAUCAAGCAAGCAGCUACUAUGGAGCAUUGGUGGCCCUUGCGGUCGUUGCGGCUUUGUCAAUUAUUGGUGUAAUUACGCUGCUCAUGAUUAUCAAGAAACAAAAUUAUGCCAAAGCACCAAUCAAUGAUCGAAAAUCCGAGUCGUCCUAUGACAAUCCCAGCUUUAAGAGUUACGAUGUAGAGUCAAAUGGGCACAUGAAACCAUCAGAAUUGUAACAAA